CCGGUCUAGAGUCCAGACCCCCUCGCCUGCCCUGCCGUUGCCCUGCACCAGGGACGGCUUUGAACCCUCUUCCACCUGAACUCCCAUCAAACCGUCGCAAAAAAGCAUCACAAUCCUCUCCAACGUCUUGUCGUCAUUGUGCCUUGUGCCAGCUCAAUCUCAUCCGACUCGGACCUCCCACUCCCCAUCUACGGCCCGGCGCGCAUUAGUUCGGCCCAACAAAAGGUUCAAACGCCGUACUUGACCCCGGCACCCGGGAUUUUGGCCUCGUUGAUGCGAAGCGCCAGCCGACGGUCGUUCGCGCCCACUUUCCUCCCACCACCACCUUCCUCCCUUCCUUUUAUGCGCCGAGUAUAGACGUGGUGUCGCCGGCCAUGGAUGACUUUGUGAGCGAGUCUGAGAGCGACUAUGCCAGCUAUUGGCGCGACUGGUUUAUUUCCUCGCGAGGCAAUGAGUACUUUUGCGAAAUUGACGAGGACUACAUCACUGAUAGGUUCAAUCUAACUGGUCUCAACACUGAGGUCCAGUACUACCAAUAUGCUCUCGAUCUCAUCACCGAUGUCUUCGACCUCGACUGCGAUGACGACAUGCGGGAAACAAUAGAGAAGUCUGCUAGGCACCUGUACGGUCUUGUCCAUGCUCGAUACAUUGUCACAACGCGGGGUCUUCAAAAAAUGUUCGAAAAGUACAAAAAAGCCGACUUUGGCAAGUGCCCGCGCGUCAUGUGUUCCUCGCACCCUCUGCUGCCCAUGGGUCUCUCGGACGUGCCCAACUCCAAGCCGGUGAAGCUGUACUGCGCGCGUUGCGAGGAUAUUUACAACCCCAAGUCGUCGCGCCACGCCGCCAUUGACGGCGCCUACUUCGGCACCUCGUUCCACAACAUCUUCUUUCAGGUAUACCCGACCCUGGUGCCCGCCAAGAGCGUCGAGCGCUACAUUCCGCGCUGCUACGGCUUCAAGGUGCACGCCGCUGCCGCUCUGGUGCGCUGGCAGAACAGCCAGCGGGACGAGAUGCGUAGGCGGCUGAGGAAGCUCGAGGUCGAGAGCGGGUUCAAGGACGCCGAGGACGAGGCUGAGCUUGACGAUGAUGACGAGGAGGAGGAGGAGGAAGAGGAGGAAGAGGAGGAGCUGGCUGCUAUGGAUGAGGCUGAAGGUGCCCAACAGCAACAUGCGGCGGCGGCGGCAGGUACAGCAACGGGAGGCGUUGCUGCCGGCGGUGAAGGCGUUCAUUAGAAAGGGCCUGCUGCUACUGGUGGAGAAGCGGAUGAAGAGUAUUGGAAUUCAGAAGCCACGAUUGGAGCCGCCGACGAAGCUGACGAUGAAGCUGAGCUACCAAACGAGCCAAACGAGCCGAACCAUUGGUUGACACCUCUCAUGUCUGCUGCUGCAAGGCUGCGACGGAGUCUCAGGCUAGGGGAGGACUAUGAAGAGCAGGCUGAAGUGGAGUUCGAUGAGUGGAUGGAACAGGCGAGGUACGGGAUCUUUUGACUUUUGAGGUGGUGGAAUGCAUAUACCAUACAGUAUCGAGUAACAAAGUAUGAGUACAGGUGCCUCUCUUCUCUUUGUUUUUUUGUUUCUAUUCCCGCACCCCAUAAGCCUCUACACAGCGGACGUCGGGAUCGAUGCGAAUAAGGGAGAGAGAGCCAUUGAUAGAGUGUUUAUGUUCUUUGGUCUAGCUAUACGUCUUUUCGGUUCUUACCAGACGAUUUCUUCUCACCUUGCCGGCUUUGCUUCUCUUCGUCUGUGCUGAACUGCACCCUUCUCUGUUUCAAGCCUCCUAAAAACCAAUCGUCAAAUCGACGGGAAGUUGAACUUAACGCUUGAAAGGCAGUCUCUUGGAGCGUGAAAAUUCAAAACGACCAGACCAUAUAUCCAAGCGUCUACUGAGGAAAGAUUCACAAGCGGUGUCAUGCGGCAACACGAACCUUUCAAAUACAUGAACUGUUACCACAGCAUAAACACGUUGAUUAAUGC